CUUGUCGAAUACGAGAGGUAAUUUGUUUUGUCGCUAAUGAUAAUGAACGAUGCUGUGAUCAUAAUCCUAACUCUUUUUUUUUUGUGCUUGGGUUCUAUUUAUUUGCAGGCACUGCUCACCAGCGACAGCCUUCGUCUGCCCAUCAGCAGCAGACAUCUUCCGACACUCUGCUGCCGCACCACCUCAAAAACUUCAGCACGGGCUCGACGCUGUCUGCAAGCUCGAACUACUCUGCUCAGACCCUGAACGGAGGUAGCCCCAUUACGCCCAUAAGCUUCCACCCCAAGGAGUUUGAUGCGAGCCAAGAGUUCCCUCCCAAUACACCCGUGGACCUCAAGGCGAUGGACUUUGACACGCUUCUGAGAACAGCUGAGCGUGAGCAACAAAAGGGGCAGGAGGAGCGGACGCUGAAGAAGAAGAAGAGCUUUCAGUUCCAGAAUCCGAAGCCCCUCAAGAUUCAUAUGGCUGGAUCAGGAAGCCGACAAAACGUGGAAAAUUAUUCGAACGGCUUCCAAAAGACCCAGGCCUCGCCCUUUAGCGCCAAGAGUGCUCUUUCUGCCUUGGUGGCGUCUGCGCCCAACUUGGACGAUCUGCGCACUCGGGGCUCCGAUGCGAGUUGUCAUAGUAACAUCAGCCAGCAGUACAGUCCUCCCGGCAACAGGAGUCACAGCAGUAACGGUGGCAAGUACGGAGGAUUGCAGGUGCAGACCAAUCGACCGGAGGCGCCACGACCGCCGACGUCGCUAGGCCAUGCGAGGCUUCCAAUCUCUAAGAGUGCGAUCACAUUUGAGUUGGCGGAGAAUGCGGUCAUGGCCUCUCACGCCAGCCGGCAUAAUCCUCGCUCCAGGCGGGUGAUGAAGAAGAAGACGAGCGUUAUCAAGCUGAGCGGCAAUGUCCAGGGCCGACGAGAGGACGAUGGCAUGAUCAGGGUAACAGUCGCGCCAACGGUGGAUCAUCGUCAAUGGCGCGCGACGUGAAAGGGAGCUAAAUCUGUUUUUGUUUGUUGAUGUAUUGUAUUUUUCCCCCCUCCAUUCUGUAUAUUCAUCAUACCUGUGUUUUUAGUUUCUUGUGGAGAAGGCACGUUCGUUGCCUUGCUUCACGCAUUUCACAUUCAUCGACUCUUUUGUAUUGCAGUGGAUUUCUGUCAAACAACUAAGGCGAUCAUCGGUUUAUUCCAAAAAAAAAAAAAAAAAAAAAAA